AUGUACAUGUCUUCGGGUUUACGGCUUGUGGGACAUUUUCUGGAGGUCACAUGUGUUAAUCCUACUUUUAUAAUUGAUCAUCCUGAGAUAACAAGUCCACUGGCCAAAGCUCAUGAAUACAAACCAGGACUGACGGAACGUUCUACCUUGAUUAUCAACAAGCAUGAGCUUGUUAAUGGAUACUCUGUAGAAAAUGAUCCAGUGGUACAAGGCCAGCAUUUUUCCGAUCAACUAAAGGAUUUCCAAUCAGGAGCAAUGGGUUUGGAUGAGAUAUUCUGUAGGGCUCUUGAAUAUGGUAUUCCACCCACUGCUGGCUGGGUUUUGGGUAUUGACAGGCUUACAAUGUUGCUUACCGAUUCACUAAACAUCAAGGAAGUUCUACUAUUCCCGGCUAUGAAACCAUCACCACACUUUGAACCACUCAUUAAAGGGAAAAUUGUGUCAACGGGCAUUAAUAAUAAUGUUGAGGAUGAUAUGUCAACGGGCAGUGUAGUUACGGUACAAGAAGCUCUUGCCGCGUCUAAAACUCUCCGCAGCCUUCUAUUGCUCCCAGAACACACCAGCAGAAUAUCUGAGAUUUCUGGUGAUGCCGCGGAUUUGACCUGCUGUCCGCAGACGGUUCAUAAUAGUGCUUAG